CAAUUGAAAAAAAAAACAAAAAACGAAAAGCAUAGAACAAGGCUGGCAAGCGCAAGAAGCCAGCAAAUUAUUAGUCGGCAUCAACAUCAUCAUCGCCACCGCCAAGCCAAGUCUUUCCUGGUCAUCAACACAUAAUUCCCUUAAAUCCAACGGCCCAGAGUUUUUCUAGUGAGAGAAAAUCUUUCUAGAGAGAGAAGCAACAACAACAAUUAGAUUCUCACAGAUCCCCCUUUCUUUUUCUUCUUGGGGUUUUGCUUCCUUCUUAAUCCCCACCCUUUCUCUCUAAUUUCCCUGUAUCUAUAUCUCAUCCCCUGCAUAAAGUUUUCAUCUUGUUGUUGAAUUCACAUACACACACUUAGAUAUAUUGUAUAUUGGAGAUGGAUCAGUUUGGUGUUUUAGUUGAAAGUAUUGGCUUUAAAUCACAAAAUAGAUCAACCCCUUUGGCUGAUUUGAAGGGCAAAACCCAUGGUAAUAAUGGGUUUUCUUCUAAUUUGGGUUUUAACUCCAAACCCUCGCCAAGUUCUGUUGAUGGGUCUGGUCUUGAUGGGUUUUUUGUAUCGAAUAAUGUCUCGAAAACCCAGAAUUAUGAUGGGUUUGAUGUGUUUAAUGGGUCUAAUGAGUAUGAUUUGGAUUCUAUAUUCAAGGGUUCUAAUAAUUCAGCUGCAAAGCCUGAUCUUGUACAAGAUAGUGAUGAUAUUUUUAAUGUGUUUACGGGGCCAAAGUAUGCCAGUGAGAAGAAUUUUGAUAAUGUGUUUGUGAAGAUUCCUCCACCCCCAAAGGCAAAUGAUAUUAAUGAUGAUCUGCUUGGGGGAUUUGAUGAUAUGGGGCUGAAACCUAAUUCUGUGCAAAAUGAUUCUGUAUAUGUGUCAAAGAAUGAUUCUGGUUUUGAUGAUUUGAUACUUGGUUUUGAGGAAGGCGGUGCUUCAAGAAAGCGAGAGAAGUCGGAAACAAACAGUUCCAGGCGUUCAAGUGGUCAACAUGGUAAAUCAAAUAAAAUCAUGGUAGAAGACCCUUUCAGCUUUUUUGAAACGUCAGCUCCCAAUCCCUUAAAUCAAGGAGAGAGUAAAGUAUCUGAGGACACAGAUGUUUUUGAGUCAAUUUUUGGUGCACAUACUAAAACGAGAAAUGUACAGAAACCAAGUUCAGUAACUAAGGAUUCUGUAUAUGAUGCACUAUUCCAGAAAAGCAAAGUUCCUGCAAAUCAAGGGUCUGGGAAUUAUUCCACCACAAGAAAAGUUUCUCCUGCAAUCAAUGUGGAUGAUGAUUUUUCAUUUCUCUCUGAAGUUGAAGUUGUCCCUCCAUCUGGAAAAUUCCAGGAAGUUGAAGGGGAGAGUGAAGAAAGAAGAAGACACAGAUUAAAUCAUCACCAAAAUACCCAGGAGCGAAUGAUUAAGGCUCUGAACGAAAAGAAUCGACGAGACCGUCAGGUACAGCUAGAGCAAGAGGAGAGGCAUAGGCUAGCUGCAACUCUGGAUGAUGAAAUAAAACGUUGGGCUCAAGGAAAAGAAGGCAAUUUGCGUGCACUGUUAUCCUCGCUACAAUAUGUGCUUUGGCCUGAAUGUGGCUGGCGCCCAGUUUCUUUGACUGAUAUGAUGACAUCUAUCUCCGUCAAAAAGGUUUAUCAGAAGGCAACCUUAUGUGUUCAUCCAGACAAGGUUCAACAAAAAGGCGCCACCAUUCAACAGAAGUAUAUUGCAGAAAAAGUUUUUGAUGUUCUAAAGGAAGCAUAUAACAAAUUUAGCUCUGAAGAAUUAUAGGACACGAGAUCUAUUCUCAUCCAUUUUCAGGCCACUUUACUCGGCAGUCAAUCAGUCACACCUUUCCUUGGAAACUUGAAUCCUUUCAAGACCCAGUUAUUUUCUUCAACUAUCCAGUGCACGGGCUAAGUUUCUUUAACCUCAAAUCUGCUUUUUUGUACUUCUUUGCUUUGGUUAUUCAAUUCUUUUAAAAGGUGCUCAUCUCACAUUUGUUUAGUUCAGUUCUGUGUGAAUUUAUUCACCUGUACUAUAUUUCAGUAAUCUUUAAGAAAUAAUUACACCAGAGCACUAGUAUAUGCCCCAGCUGAUGUGUAGGUCGCAGCAUGUCAGCAUCUACAGACUACAGAGGUGGUCCUCAUGUCGCCGGGGACUUGAUCCUCUAAAUUAAUAUAAACAAGAUUGUUGAAAUUUGUAAUAUCUGGUUGCAUGGUGGGUCCUGUUCUGUUAAUUUAGUUCGAUUUUCCUGUACUGGGAAUUGUUGGUGCCUGGACCCCGGCUGCAUUUUAGUGUGUAGCCCUGUUUAUAAGAUGUAGAGUAGUAUAUCAUUUCUUGCAAGUUGCAAAAUAAGAUAAUAAGUAUUGCUUGAGAUUGAACUUC